AUGACAUUUACAGAAACGACCCAAUCUUUAAUUGAAACGAACGACGAACGACGUAUACAAGAGCUGAUAGCUGCGUCUCAGAAGUUGUUAAGUCAAACCACGCAACCACCUACUCCAACUGCUACAGCAACUUCAGGUUUUAAUUUCCGACCAGAGCCUGUUGACCAAGAUAAGCAGCAAUUGCGUCCAAGGAAACCGAAAACCAAAGCAAGUUCCGAAAAUUUAAAAUUUGGAGACGCAUCCGAUAUUUCCUUACCUGUAUCACGUAAUACUUCAACCCCUUCCUUAGCUAGUAUGACGAGUAUUCCACCUCCGUCACAUACCCUUAACAAUGGUAACGGCAACAACAAUAUAAGUAGUAGUAAUGGCCAAAACUUAGGUAGCAUUGGAUUACCAAAUUCACAGGGCAACAAUGUAUCAAGUACUGCAAAGGUUGAUAGAAAGUUUUCUAGAGAGAAAUCUGAGCGCGAAAUGCCAAUGGGACCUCCUGAAAUAAUGAGAGAUCCUACAUCAGAUUCGUUUUCUUCUCAUGCGUACAGUUGGCCAAUCGUCUUUGCAGUUAUACCUCCAAUGGUACCUUGGGAAUUAUAUUAUGCGGCGAGAUCAAGACGCGUAAUGAAUGAUAAUAUUAAUAAUGCAGAUCCAGCACAAGAGGAUCAACGAAAUCAUGCAGCAAAGGAACUUCGUCGACAUGAGAAAUGGGCGUUGUUAUUAGUGAUAGCAUCUCCAAUAAUUGGCGGAUAUGCUUUACACGGCGCGAAACGGUAUUUGACCGAUUACGACAAAUACAUUUCUCAUUUUAACAUAGUACUUUUUGUGCUUGCCGCUGGUAUUCGUCCCUCGAUGCAUGUGAUUAGUCUUGCAAAAAACAGAACCUUACACUUACAAGAGCAAGUUCAUUAUCCAAGUACCGAAGUGGAAUUAUUAAAGAGACGUGUGCAACAUUUGGAAUACGAAUUCUCACAAUUACGUCGUGGAUUUGCAACAAAACGAGAUGUGAUCAACAUCAAGGAUGACUUCGAGCCGACAAUUUCACAAUUAAAUAAGGCUGUUAGACGAAAUGAGAAAAAAGAGCAAUAUCUCAGAAAUUAUUCGGAAGAGAGAUUUGCGUAUUUGGAAAAUAAGUUACGGGAGUUCGACACGCUAAUUACUUACAAAUUGCAGGAAGAACAGGCCGCAAGUUUAUCGCGUAAUAUGAUGCAAGUGAUGUUUUUACCUUUAAACAUUACUUUUACUAUGUUCAGCUAUGCAAAAUAUAUUCUACCGAGAUCUUUGAGAGGAGCAAGACAGACUCCAAUGUUACAACCUGCUUCAAAUUUAGAUGAGGAUGAUGAUAAAAACCGAUUAAAGGAUGAUACGACACAAGAAAUUUCCGUUGGAAGUCUUCAAAAGUAUUAA